UCUGAGAUGGGGAGAGCACCAUGUUGUGAGAAAGUUGGGUUGAAGAGAGGGAGAUGGACAGCUGAAGAAGACGAAAUAUUGACCAAUUACAUUCAAGCCAAUGGAGAAGGUUCAUGGAGGUCAUUGCCAAAAAAUGCAGGUUUGUUAAGGUGUGGAAAGAGUUGCAGACUUAGAUGGAUAAACUACUUGAGAGCUGAUUUGAAGAGAGGGAACAUCACUCCUCAGGAGGAAGAAACCGUUGUUAAGCUGCAUGCUGCUUUCGGUAACAGGUGGUCUUUGAUAGCCGGACAUUUACCAGGAAGAACAGAUAACGAAAUAAAAAACUACUGGAACUCUCACUUGAGAAGGAAAAUCUACAGCUUCGCUUCUACCCUAAAAAAUGUCAGCCUUGUCACCCUACCAGCGAGUCCCCGCGAACCACGUCGACGUGGCCAAACUAGACGAUCAACCACGAAGAAGCCCAAAGGGAGUAGAUCUGCAAGUGAGGCCCAUGGUAACCAAAUAAUGGGCCCAGAAUCCAGGAAACCUGCUAUUGCUAAUGAGAGUUUGGGACCAUAUGAGUGGCUUGAUAGUGAAAUUGAGAGACUGACUAAUUCCUUGAACAAGCACAUAGCAGCUAGUGAUCGGGAGAGAGAAUGCAGUAGCAAUUGGAGCACAAAUGAUGCAGAGAAUACUGCAGAAAUAUGGUAUAAUCCAGGCUUUGAAGAGGAUUUUGGCUACUGGGAUUGGACUGACAACAAUGAUGAUCAAUGGGACGAAGGGAACAAGAUGUUGUCUUGGUCAUGCAGUGUAGAUUCUAAUGGUAUGGAAGGCGACCGAGGUCAUUAGCCUCGCGCAAAUUUGACUCUCAGGUUCAAAUUACGGUAGCAGUCUGCUAGGUUGAUUGGCAGCAAUGAACGCCCUGUGUACUCAAUUUUGUUUAGCGCAAGUGAUAGUGACUCUUGUUGUUUGUUUAAAAAUAUGUUUCUUUUAACUUAGGAAUGAUACCAUACAAGUUUGUCAUUUUGAAUGUACGGUAUUUGAUCAGGCC